CAGCACGGAUUUCCAAAAUGACUAUAAAAACGGUCACAGAUUCGAGUCGGAACAGGAUAAAUACAGGUCGGACUAAUUUCUAUUUUUUGAAAUGCAAAUGAAAGUAAGGCAGACAGACAAAGGAAAGAAUCAGAGAGGAAUAUAGUAGAGAAGUAAAUGCCGAACCUAAUGAUCAUCCUCUUCUCUUUGUAAUCUUAAAAUGGGUAUUGACCUCAAGAAGCAUCACGUUAAGAACACCAACCGUACUGCCCCCAAGUCUGAUAACGUCUACUUGGCUUUGUUGGUUAAGCUUUAUCGUUUCCUUGCUCGUCGUACUGAUGCCAACUUCAACAAGGUUGUUUUGAAGCGUCUCUUUAUGUCUCGCAUUAACCGUCCUCCCGUCACUGUCUCUCGUAUUGUCAAGAACAACAAGGAAGGUAAGACUGUUGUUGUUGUUGGUACCGUUACCGAUGACUCUCGUCUUCUUGAUCUUCCCAAGCUCUCUGUUGCCGCUCUUCGUUUCACUAAGACCGCUAAGGCUCGUAUUUUGAAGGCUGGUGGUGAAGUCUUGACUUUGGAUCAAUUGGCUCUCCGUGCUCCUACUGGUUCCAACACCAUCCUCAUCCGUGGUGCCAAGAACAGCCGUGAAGCUGUCAAGCACUUUGGUUUCGGUCCUCACAAGAACAAGAAGCCUUACGUUCGUUCUAAGGGUCGUAAGUUCGAACGUGCUCGUGGUAAGCGUGCUUCUCGUGGUUUCAAGGUUUAAAUGUAUUUUAUUAUAACCUUAAUAAUAACAAUAAAAAAACAAACAAAAAUACAUACUUUCAACAUUAACAAAACCACACACACACACACACACACUUUCUUUCUUUCAACUCAUUAAAGUAUAUUACAAUGCUUUAUUUUUAUAUUUAUUU